CAUGGGCAGAGUUUUGACACACACUCUGGUGCUGUCCAUGGUGCUGGGCUGUUCCGCGGUCAUAAUGGACAUCCUGCUGCCCGGCCCCGAGGAGCCAGUGGUCAACGUUGCAGUGGUGUUCGGGGGCUCUUCAUACCCUCUCCACGUCCGCAGCCGUCUGACUCCCCAGAGCUUCCUGGACAUGCCUCUGGAGAUCCACCCCAUCACGGUGAUCGUGAACAACACCAACCCCAGCACCCUCCUGACCCAGAUCUGCGACAUUCUCUCCAGCCACAAGAUCCACGGCAUUGUCUUUGAGGACAACGUUGGCACGGAAGCCGUGGCGCAGAUCCUGGAUUUCAUAUCCUCCCAGACCCACGUCCCCAUCAUCAGCAUCAGUGGAGGCUCGGCUGUAGUCCUGACCCCAAAGGAACCUGGCUCUGCUUUUCUUCAGCUGGGGGUCUCCAUCGAGCAGCAGAUCCAGGUCAUCUUCAAGGUUUUGGAGGAAUAUGACUGGGGCUCCUUUGCGGUCAUCACCAGUCUGUACCCUGGGUACAACAUCUUCCUGGAUGUGAUCCGUUCCUUCACAGAUGCCAGCUACUUUGGCUGGGAACUCCAGGAUGUCUUGACCUUUGAGAUGACCCAGGAUGGGAGUAACUCCAAAACCCAGCGCCUGCUGCGGCAGAUUGAUGCUCAGGUGAUGAUUGUGUACUGCUCACGGGAGGAGGCUGAGUACCUUUUCCAGGUGGCAGAGGAGGCCGGCUUGAUUGGUCCUGGCUAUGUCUGGAUUGUGCCCAGCCUGACGGUGGGGAACAUGGAGGUCCCGCCAGUCUCGUUCCCCAUCGGUCUCAUCAGCGUGGUGACCGAAAGCUGGAAGAUGAGCCUGCGGCAGAAGGUCCGGGAUGGCGUGGCCAUCAUUGCCAUGGGGGCAUUGAGCUACUACAGGACCCGCGGGCACCUCCCAGACGUGGGCAAAGACUGUAAGACACCUCCCAGCACUGUCACAAACAGCACCUUCUACAGCCACAUGCUGAAUGUGACGUGGGAACACCGGGACUUCUCCUUCAAUGAAGGUGGCUACUUGGUGAGGCCCACCAUGGUGGUGAUCUCGCUGAACCGGCACCGGCUCUGGGAGAUGGUGGGGAAAUGGGAGAAGGGGAUCAUCCACAUGAAGUACCCUGUGUGGCCCCGUUAUGGCUCCUUCCUGCAGCCCAUGUCGGACAAUCGUCACCUUACCGUAGCCACCCUGGAAGAGAGACCCUUUGUGAUUGUGGAGAACACGGAUCCCACCACUGGAGUCUGUGUGCGCAACACCGUGCCCUGCCGAAAGCAAACCAACUACACCGAGGGGGGAGAUGGGCCUGCAGACCCCUACACCAAGCUAUGUUGCAAGGGCUUCUGCAUUGAUAUCCUGAAGAAGCUGGCCAAGGCAGUGAAGUUCUCCUACGACCUCUACCUGGUAACCAAUGGAAAGCAUGGGAAGAUAGUGCGUGGCGUCUGGAACGGGAUGAUUGGCGAGGUAUACUACAAGCGAGCAGACAUGGCCAUUGGGUCCCUCACCAUCAACGAGGAGCGCUCUGAGAUUGUGGAUUUCUCUGUGCCCUUCGUGGAGACUGGCAUCAGCGUCAUGGUGGCCAGAAGCAACGGGACUGUCUCCCCAUCUGCCUUCCUAGAGCCCUACAGUCCAGCAGUGUGGGUGAUGAUGUUUGUGAUGUGUCUCACUGUGGUUGCCGUCACUGUCUUCGUGUUUGAAUAUUUCAGCCCCGUCGGCUACAACCAGAACCUAACCAGUGGCAAAAAGUCCGGCGGCCCCUCCUUCACCAUUGGCAAAUCUAUCUGGCUGCUCUGGGCACUGGUCUUCAAUAACUCGGUGCCCAUCGAGAAUCCAAAAGGCACCACCAGUAAGAUUAUGGUGCUCAUCUGGGCUUUCUUUGCUGUGAUAUUCCUAGCCAGCUACACAGCUAACCUGGCGGCAUUUAUGAUCCAGGAGCAAUACAUUGACACUGUCUCUGGGCUGAGCGAUAAGAAGUUCCAGCGGCCCCAGGAGCAGUACCCGCCUUUCCGGUUCGGCACCGUUCCCAACGGCAGCACAGAGAGGAAUAUUCGGAGCAACUACCCCGACAUGCACACACACAUGGUGAAAUACAACCAGCGCUCAGUGGAGGAUGCCCUGACCAGCCUCAAAAUGGGGAAGCUGGAUGCCUUUAUCUACGAUGCUGCAGUGCUGAAUUACAUGGCUGGGAAGGAUGAGGGCUGCAAGCUGGUGACCAUCGGCAGUGGGAAAGUCUUUGCGACCACUGGCUAUGGCAUUGCCCUCCAGAAGGAUUCCCGGUGGAAGAGGGCGAUUGACUUGGCUCUUCUGCAGUUCCUGGGAGACGGGGAAACCCAGAAGCUGGAGACCGUGUGGCUGUCGGGCAUUUGCCAGAACGAGAAGAAUGAGGUGAUGAGCAGCAAGCUGGAUAUUGAUAACAUGGCUGGUGUCUUCUACAUGCUCUUGGUGGCCAUGGGUCUGAGCCUGCUGGUCUUUGCUUGGGAACACCUCGUGUACUGGAAACUGCGGCACUCUGUCCCCAAGUCGCACAAACUUGACUUCCUCCUGGCCAUCAGCAGGGGCAUUUAUAGCUGUUUCAGUGGAGUCCAGAAUUUGGAGAGCCCCGUCCGCGUUCACACACCAGACGUCACUGCUAACUCAGCUCAGGCCAACGUGCUGAAGAUGCUGCAGGCUGCCAAGGACAUGGUAUCGACCGCCAGCGUUGGGAGCUCCCUGGAGAAUGCCACGCGCACCAUUGAGAACUGGACCAACCGGAGCGAAAACCUGCAGACCACGUUCUCCCUCAGGACCCCUCAGCUCGUCGUGCAGAACAGCAGUGGGUUGAACAGGCCCACCAACUCCUCCAACGUGGCAGCUGCAGAGAAGCUGGGGCAAGCCUACGCCCAGAGGGCCAUUCCCCAACCCCUCCCUGCCCCUCAGCAGUCCUUUGUGGACUCCCGGCUGUCAGCCAGUGAGAAAUGGAGGGGCAUAACCAAGCAGCCUCAGUUUCUGCAACCCCUGAAGUUUCGAGGAAGCUGCUCUGGGGAUAAAGCUCUUCCAGGUUCCACCGUGAGCAGCUUCCCCCACCUCCUGGUGAAGACCACCCCUCCAGUCGAGUGUAGAAACCACGUGCUGCUGGGGAACCACGUGAGCACGACUCUCUCACCACAGAAGCCUCCAAGGGAGCUUCCUCCACCAGACAUCUACAAAGAGCACAAGCGCUCAGGGGCCAGGGGGGCCGGAAAGGAGACCCUCCCCCAGAACAUUCCCCUGGGGUACAGGGAAGACGGACACAGGGAAGCAACCCCCUUUGCAAGGCUGCUUUCCGAGAAGAGGAAAGGCAUGGAAAGCCCUUUCUUGCCUUCCUCUUGCACCCAUGACUCCUUCCCAAAAGUAGAUAGGACUUGCAGACCUUUAGCAACAGCAUGCAAAGAGUCGGAAGCAGCAAAUCUUCCUCUGCUGAGGAAGGAGAAGCUGGGCCGGAGAGCUAAUCUGUUGCGUUCUGCCUGGGAGCAGAAUGAGAAACGCCAUUCCCUGGGCCUGCAGAGGCACGAUGGCAAAUCAUCCGUGCAAGGCGACAUACCGGACCUCUUUCCCAGAGCCACUCUGAAGCAGAUGCCGAUGCCCAGUGUUCAGCACUAUCCUGCUGAAGCCCUUCAGCCCAGCUACGUGUGCAAUAGGAAAUGCACAGAGGCAAACCCCAGGCUCUCCUGGGAGGGCCAGCGACUUGUCCAUUCUCAGCCGGCCAGGCUGCCCUCCUACAGGGAAGCGUGCCUACAGCAUGCCGCAGGCCUGCACCGGGCCUCUUCCACGGUGGUGCACAAACAAUACGCCUACAUGAACUCCUAUACCAACCUGCCUGUGUGCUUGGGGCAGUUCUGCCAGGGGGCUCCCCUGCUCUGCGAACACUCCAGUGCCGGGUGCGUCACUCGGGCUCCCUGGUCGCCUGGAAGCAGGGACUACUUGGUCCACGAGGACAGCCGGAGGACCAUGUACUUUGACAGUGUAUACAGAGACUGCAGAGGUCGAAGCAGAGUGGAACCAGCCUUUCUCCAGAUGGUCAAUAUGGAGAAGAGGGACCUAUUGGCAGCCCAGCGAAUGAACAGCCCCUACCCUGCCAGGUCUUGGAGACGAAUCUCUAGCCUGGAGUCGGAGGUGUGAGAGUGGGGAGGGGGGUGGGGGGUGGGCAGGGUUAGGACUGUCUGUGCUUGGCUCAUAUCUGUACUGCUCACACGCACAUCUUUGAGAUGACAGAUUCUGGUUCAACCCUUGGGGAAAAGGCCCAUGCGGGAGCCUUUGAAAUCUCACCCUGUGAGAUUCUCUGGCCCGUUGGCUGCAGCAGGAAAAUCGUUCUAACUUUUCCCCUGGUCUGGAUCAAAAGAUGAACAAGUGACCUUUUUCUCUUUCCUCAGUGGCUGAUGGACCAAAAAACCCCGAUAAAGCAACAGCUCUUUGACACUGGGGAGGAGAGCAAAACCAGCUGUAAAAGGCAUUUUAAUGUGCAAAUUCCUAAGUCUUCCAUUGUUUGGGGCUCUCGGCAUGGGUUCUGUCUCAUCCAGUGAAACGCUCACGGUCUGUAUGCUCAGUGGAUAGCUCUAAAGUAUCAAAUACAAUGUCAGUCAUUUUAGUGUUUGUGCCAGUUAACUUGCAGGAUGUGCCCACAGCUCUGCUCUCCAUGAAAAGGUGGGUGACAUCUAACGGCUUCCCAAUCCUGGACUUUGUUGCUUCUACUGACACGCUGCUUUGGAUGGUUUGCUAACGAACAGCGGUCAUACAUGGGACUUAGCAAAACAAAUGCACUAUGACAUUUUCAGUAUUUUUUUUCCUUCUUUUCCCCUUCCCUUCACAUUUUGAUCUCUUUUAAAGUAAGAACUGAAAAUGCAAUUCCCAGGCUAUUAAAGAGACACAUUUUACA